GAUUAUUGCAUAAAUAUAAUAUCAUAAUAUUACACAAUAUCUUGUUUUCAUAUUUACUCUCUUUUUUUUUGUUUGUUUUGUUACCGAUUCUCUCUUUAACAUGGAUAAAGCUUCAAACCCAGAAAAAUGGCAAGCCAAAGUGUCAGUUACGCUCAAAAAAGCAAAGCCCAACGAAAUCUGGCCUUUCUUCACCGAUUUCUUUAACUUCCAUAAAUGGCUUCCAACGGUCACCACGUGUCACGGCGUCCACGGCAUCAACGGUGAACUCGGCUGCAUCAGAUUCUGCUCCGGCUCCUCUAUACGGUCCAUCGGCGUAGAAUCCACCGUGGGAUGGUCUAAGGAGAAGCUGGUGGCCGUCGAUCCAGUGGAGCGUUUGUUGACAUACGAGAUAGUGGAAAGUAACAUUGGAUUCGAGUCUUACGUCUCAACGGUGCAAAUAUUGCCACGUGACGAUAGUGGAGACGCUGAAGGUUGCGUGAUUGAAUGGGGUUUCACCGUUGAUCCCGUUGGAGGGUGGUCUCUAGAUGAUUUGGUGAAGAAGUAUGAGAAAGCACUUGGAGUAAUCGCUAAGAACAUGGAAGAGGCUUUGACAAGAACAUGAGUCUUCUAGGAAAAUUUGUUG